AUUCCAUUUAUAGUCACUCGAAUUAGUUGAACAGUUCAAGUUCGGUCACUCUCCGUUAACCUCCGUUAACUUUGACUGACGUGGCGGUCAACUCUGACAGUUGACCGUUAAAUGUGUGACGUGGCAAAAAAAAUUAAAUUUUAAGAAAUUACACAUCAUUAUCACAAAAAAUUAUAAUUAUAAAAAAUGAAAAAAAGAGGAACUGUUUCCGGCCAAUUACUCUUUGAUGACAAGUAUGAAAGAAAUGGAUAGAGCACCACGAGGGAGAAGGAAACCUUAUCCAAUCAACGGGGAAGAAAGCGGAGAUGCGGAAGGCCAGAAAGCAGGGAGCCUCCUCGAAAUCCUCCGGCGCGACCCUCUACCUGCCUCCGGUCCCGCUAAAGGAGCCGGUCUCGGCAGGCUUGAAAGUGGAAUUCGGAUUCACUCCUUACAGCGAGAGGUUGAACGGGCGGAUCGCGUUUCUCGGGCUGGCGGUGCUGCUGCUGCUGGAGCUGGCGACGGGGAAGGGCGUGCUCAGCUACCACACCCCGUCGAUCGUCCUCGUCCUCGUCCAGAUCUAAUUCGUGGCUGCGGUGCCGGCGUUGUACAUGAAGUACGAGAAGGAGAAAAUCAGCAUCUGGCCGGAGUGAAAGAAUACUAGAAUAGAGAGCCACAAACGGAACAAUGUGAUCCGAAAUUGAAUCGGGAGCGGGAAAAUGGCGGCGAUCGGUUCCCGAUCUGCGGAUUUUACGGUUUAUGCUACUCUUUCAUUUUUUUAUAAUUAUAAUUUUUUGUGAUAAUGAUGUGUAAUUUCUAAAAAUUUAAUUUUUAUUUUUUAAUUAUUUUUUAUUUGCCAUGUCACACAUUUAACGAUCAACUGUCUGAGUUGACCGCCACGUCAGUCAAAGUUAACGGAGGUUAACGGAGAGUGACCGAACUUGAACUGUUCAACUAAUUCGAGUGACUAUAAAUGGAAUAAAUUAAU